UCAAUGUUAUCAUAGCAAUAGUUACCAUAUUUUGGAAAACACUGACGAUGGCCGGAAUGGAGCAUAUAAUUUCCAUGGAGGAGAUGAUCCAUUCGAGAAAAGUUGAAAGAAAAGAAGUUGGUGAAACAAGCAGAGGCCAUGAUCAACCUGUCAUUGUCUCUAGUAUUGCAAUCCAUGGUGAGACAGGUUCCGAGGAAGAGAGUUUUAUGAAAUUGAAGGAGGCGCGUGUCAAAGGGAAGAAUCGAUGGACAACAAAGCCAAAGAUACAAAAGGUUCUAUUGCUUCGAGAUCACAAAGAUUUCCGAAAGUACUGCGAGCCGAGGGUGGUAUCAAUCGGUCCUAUCCAUAAUGGUAAGCCAAAGUAUCGAUUAGCAGAGGAAUACAAGCUUACAUUGGCAGAAAACUUCAUUGGAGAAAGUGGCAAGACUGAAAAAGAAUUGUAUAUGGUGAUUAAGAACAACAUCGAGCAACUAAGGAAGUGUUUCGAUGAGGAGGUGAUUCGCAAUUAUAAAGAUGAAGCCCUUUCAUGGAUGUUGUUUGUGGAUGGUUGUGCAACACUGAAAUUCAUACAAUCUGUUGUUGAGAAAAAUGUCAAAAGGUUCCAAAUUAAAAACGGUCAAGUGGCCUUUGUGCAACAGGAUUUAUUCUUGUUGGAGAAUCAACUUCCUUAUCGAAUUCUCGAUGAUUUAAUCAAAAAUAGUAAUGAGGGUGAAAAUUUGAGGAAGUCGGUCCAAAGUUUCAUCAAUAUGCAAAGUAUGAGAGCAGAAACAGAGGAAACGCGACCCAAAAAUAAUAAAGAGGGUGAAAAAACAGAGGAAACGCCACCCAAUAAAGAACCAGUUCAUCUUCUGGAUCUACUGCGGAACAGACUUCUAGGCUACACUUCCACAAGUCUUGAAAAUAACUCUAACCAGGAAGAUUGGAAUUCAUUUCGCAACGUGCAGGAGCUUAGAGCAGUAGGAAUUCAUUUGGAGUCCAGCAACGAUAGCUGCUUACGAAACAUAACCUUCAUCAAGAAAUGGAAUUUCUAUGGCGGAACCCUUAGUCUGCCUCCAAUAAUAGUGGAUGACUCAACCGGACCCAAGUUCUUCAACUUGAUAGCUUACGAGAUGUGCCCAGAUUUUGAAAAUGACUACGGGGUCACCUCUUACAUAUCCUUCCUCGAUUCACUCAUAGACGAAGCCAAAGAUGUUAUAGACCUUAGGAAAGAGGGCAUACUCCGCAACUUACUUGGCAGCGAUGAAGAAGUGGCUCUAGUCUUCAAUGAGAUAGGCACUGACCUGGUUCCCAACCCUGAAAUAUAUAGAGACGUCAGGUCCAAAAUCCAGAAGUACCAUGAGAAGAAGAGGAUGACCUAUAUAAAUGAAGUCAUUCACAACCAUUUCAGCAGCCCGUGGACAGUAGUGGCUUUCACUGCCGCAUUAUUCGCACUUAUUCUCAGUAUCGCACAGACGGUGUACUCUAUCUUGGCAUAUUAUCAAUGACACCCAGAGGUAUUGAAAAUUUGUUUGCUUUAUUCCCUUUUCAACCGCAUCUAAAUACACUGAUUCUAUCAGUUUUCAUAUUGUUGUUCAAAUAAAAGUAUCUGUAUGAGUUCUGUGCCUGUUAGGAUUUCACAUAUAUAGAUCCUCUCUGAUCUAUCCUAUAUGGCUAUGUCAUUCCAUUUGUUUACUUUUUUUUUUGUCGAACUCCCAUGUUCGUUUAAAUAAGUUAGUGUGGAAAAUGUACUUGAUUCUUAAUUUGAUGUAAUGUGUGUUUGAGAUAAACAUGAUAUUAUCUGCCAGAAUUUUAUGUGUGAGGAGGGUUGAGUGUAUUAUUAUGUAAUAAAAUUUGAAGAUGAACAAUUGAUCCAAUAUAUUACCCUAUUUUAUGAUUUA